GUUCUAUGGUGUUGCUUUGAUAGACUAGAACUUGGUUCUUCUAUCAAUCGAGUCCUCCUACUGGGUUACUCCAAUGGCUUUCAAGUCAUUGAUGUUGAAGAUGCUUCUAAUGUCAUUGAACUUGUUUCAAGGCGUGAUGAUGCAGUCACCUUUUUACAGAUGCAGCCCAUACCAGAGAAGGCUGAGCGUUGCGAAGGUUUUAGAACAUCACAUCCCUUGCUGUUGGUUGUGGCGAGUGAUGAAAUGAGGAAUUCAGUUCCCCUGCCAAAUGGUAAAGAUGGUUCAUUGAGAGAUGACUUUACUGAGCCUGCUACAGGAAACCUUUUAAACUCUCCUACAGCUGUUCGGUUUUACUCUUUAAGGUCUCACAACUAUGUCCAUGUUUUGAGAUUCCGGUCAACUGUGUAUAUGGUUAGAUGCAGUCCGCGAAUAGUGGCUGUGGGUCUUGCAGCGCAAAUAUACUGCUUUGAUGCGCUCACACUUGAGAAUAAAUUCAGCGUGCUCACUUAUCCCGUCCCUCAGUUGGGAGGUCAAGGAUUUGCUGGCGUGAAUGUGGGCUAUGGUCCAAUGUCUGUGGGCCCCAGGUGGUUGGCAUAUGCUUCUAACAAUCCCUUAUCAUCAAAUACAGGACGGUUAAGUCCCCAAAGUCUUAGUCCUUCUCCUGGUGUUAGCCCUUCUACGUCGCCUGGUAGUGGAAGUCUAGUGGCUCGGUAUGCUAUGGAAUCAAGUAAGCAAUUAGCUGCAGGACUAAUUAAUCUGGGGGACAUGGGCUGCAAAACUCUGUCAAAAUACUGUCAUGAGUUUCUACCGGAUGGUUCUAGUUCUCCCGUGCCAUCAAAUUCCAGCUGGAAAGUUGGUAGGGUUGCAGCACAUUCAACUGAGUCUGAUUCUGCUGGGAUGGUAGUCAUAAGAGAUUUUGUAUCCAGGGCUGUUGUUUCACAAUUUAGGGCCCAUACCAGCCCUAUAUCUGCUCUAUGUUUUGACCCAAGUGGAACUCUUAUUGUUACUGCUUCUAUACAUGGGAACAACAUAAAUGUAUUCCGGAUCAUGCCAUCCUGCUCACAAAAUGGAUCAGGCACUCAGAGCUAUGAUUGGAGUUUUUCUCAUGUGCACCUUUACAAGCUUCAUCGUGGAAUGACUUCAGCUGUGAUACAAGACAUUUGUUUCAGUCAUUAUACUCAGUGGAUAGCUAUUGUUUCAUCCAAGGGAACUAGCCAUAUUUUUGUUUUAUCCCCAUUUGGUGGUGAGACCGGUCUUCAAAUUCAAAAUUCUAAUGUUGAUGGGCCCACCCUUUCACCAAUUCUAUCUGUACCAUGGUGGUCUACUUCAUCAUUUAUGAUAAACCAGCAGUGCUUUUCUCCUCCGCCCCCAGUACCUGUCACUUUAUCUGUGGUAAGCAGGAUAAGGCAUGGAAAUUCUGGGUGGCUUAAUGCAGUAAGCAAUGCUGCAUCUUCUGCAGCAGGAAAGGUCUCUGUGCCAACUGGUGUUGUUGCUGCAGUUUUCCAUAGUACUGUGUGCCGUAGAUUGCAACCUACUCUCUCAAAUGUCAAUGCUAUGGAACACCUAUUAGUUUAUACUCCUUCAGGUAGUGUAAUACAAUAUGAACUAUUGCCUUCAGUGGGGGGUGAACAAUGUGAUCCUUCUAUGAGAACUGGGAUAGGUUCACAGGUGCACAUGCAAGAGGAGGAGAUAGGGGUAAAAGUUGAACCUGUUCAAUGGUGGGAUGUUUGCCGAAGAGCUGAUUGGCCGGAAAGAGAGGAAUUUAUAUAUGGGCUUACUCUUGGUGGACAAGAAGCUGCAGAAACAGUCAUGGAUACUUCUGAUUAUGAAGAUAAUGAUUCUGCAGAAAAGGAGUCCAUCAAAUCCCAUGAGCGGUCACAUUGGUAUAUCUCCAAUGCAGAGGUGCAGAUGAUGUCCGGCAGGAUACCAAUUUGGCAGAAGUCUAAGAUAUCUUUCUAUACGAUGAGUCCUUAUGGGUGUGAAGACGAAAAUAUUAUGAAAAAUUACACGGGUGGAGAGACAGACAUUGAAAAUAUUCCCGUUCAUGAGGUUGAAAUAAGACGGAAGGAUUUACUGCCAGUUUUUUACCGGUUCCACAGGAUUCAUCCAGAUUGGAGUGGUCAGAGGUAA